AUGGCGGCGCACUAUCCGCUGGGCUCGUCGUCCACGCCUCCGCCGUAUGCAUCGGGAUCUUCGGCAGCUGCAGCCGGAUCCUCGUCGGCAUCCUCGUCGUAUCUGGGUCAGACACGGUCGCGCACGCUUCUUUUCCUCUCGUAUCGCGAAUCGGCCGGACCAUCAUCACGCGCGCGCGACCGCACCUCCAGCACAGGUGAUAUCUACUUCCAAGCGCCGUACACCGACUCGGAUGAUCCGCUGGGUUCUUCAUCGCUGAACCAGCCGGGGCGGGGCGAAGAUUCCGAGUCGCAUGGUCUGCUUUCACGCCGCUCGCGCGAAGGCCACAUUGCACUCGCCGUUGGUGGAGAGGGUGGGUCCGAGUUGCCGCCCAAGUGGAUGGAUGUGUCGGAUCAGGUGGACCAGAUCCUCGUUUCGAUCCGGCCGCGCAUGGAUCGGCUCUCGCGUCUGCAUGAAAAGCAUCUGCGCCCCGGAUUCGCCGACAAGUCGUCCGAGGAGCAGCAGAUCGAAGCACUCGCACUCGACAUCACCAAGGACUUCCGACGAUGCUCUCGGCUCGUUGCGGGUCUGGCGUCGUUCACGCAGCAUCUGAUGCGCGAAGCUCAGCGCAAUCAGUCGGAUGUCACGGUUCGCCAAGUCGCCCUGGCACAAAACGUUCAGACUGCACUGGCUACGCGCGUGCAGGAUCUCAGUGGAGCAUUCCGAAAGCAACAAUCGCUGUACCUCAAGAGGAUGAAGGGGAUGGAGGUUAGGGAUCGAGACAUCCGUGCCGCGCGUGGGCUAGCUCCACCAAUGACCAAGGACGAUAGCUUUCGUGAUAGCGAGUUGGCGGUACGGGAGGAUGUCGAACUGUCGCGGCAGCAGCUGCUGGAAUCUCCGUCGCAGAGCAAUCUGUUGAUGUUGGACGAGGAACAGCAGCUGAGCAGUGCGGAUCGAGAGAUCCAGCAGAGGUCGAGGGAGAUUGACGAGAUCGCCAAGUCGAUCCAGGAACUCGCACAGCUGUUUGGAGAUUUGCAGACGCUCGUGAUUGACCAGGGCACCAUGCUCGAUCGCAUCGACUACAACGUCGAGCUCAUGAGCCGCGAAAUCAAGGGCGCAGUACAGGAGCUUCAACAGGCCACGACGUAUCAGAGGAGAAGUGGAAGGAGACAGUGCAUCCUCUUCCUGUGCCUGCUCAUCGCCCUCCUUAUCGCGGUCAUCAUCAUCAAACCGUUCUGGAAGCUGUUCGCACAGUCACCACAGUGA